AUUAAAUAUUAGUCAAUUAUUAUGCCACCUAAACCUUGGGAAAGUUAAUAAAGUAAUAAGAUCAAUUAAUCUAAAAGGAGUUUAAAAAGCAACAGCAAUAACUUAAGAAUUAUAAUAGAACCAGACCAUAAACAAAUCUCCUGAUUUACAGAUUUAAGAUACUGGCAUUGGAGAAAUGACUCAAGAACAGGCUGCGCAGGUUUCUGCUCUAGCAGCCACUUAAGGAACAAAUAACCAGACCUCGUAUUAAAUUUAAACAAUAUCCAUUAGUUCAUUAAAUAACAAUUUAAACUCCACCACAGGACUUGGCUAUGGAGGUCUAAGCAGUUAUGGCGGAGGAUAUGGUGGUAUGGGUGGAUACGGCGGUAUGGGUGGAUACGGUGGAUAUGGAGGAUAUAGUAGUGGAUAUGGAGGAUUAGGCAUGGGAAUGGGCAUGGGCUAUGGUAUGGGAGGCUAUGGUAAGUGAAUUAUAUUGAAAUUAGGAAUGAAUAGAUUCGGAAUGGGAAUGGGAGCAGGAAUGUAGUAGGGUAGCAAAAUGAUGCAGGCUUUGGAAUAUUUGGAUAGUGUUGGUUUCGUUGUUAAUAGUCUUUGUGAAAUAGCCAGGAUGAUAGAAAUGAAUACUCAAGGAUUAUAUAAUUUGGGGUAAUUAUGAUAAUAGAAGUUUGUAUAGCAUCAGCGGAUUAGCCUUGCUAGGAAGAUUGUAUUCAGGAAAUAAAUGGUUAUGGCAUAUUAUCAUUAAUUUUAUCAAGAAAAUUUAUUACUAAAUAAAGACAAGUUUAUUAUUUGAAAAUCAAACAUCGAAUUAGAUAAAUUAAAAGUACAAAAAGCUAUUGAUUUUCGGAAUAAUUGUAUCAGCACUGUUAUUAUCAACUUUAAUAUAUCCUAAAAUGGUUAGCAACAAUUCUUCAAAUCCCAUACUCGAUUAAGUUUUUAAUUAAUAAAAAAUAUGAAUGAAU